CUUUACAAACGAAACGAGCGCGCCCGACAUCUCCGGUGUGCCGCGUUCGAAGGAGGAAAGGGUCUCCGAACUCUCUCGAUCUCCCCCCUUCGGCCCGACCGCAAUGGACCUCCGCCGGAGACUCCCUUCGAAGCCCCCCCACCCCUCACCGGCAGCGGGGAAACCCCGCCGCACCUCGCCCGGGGCGGGGAAGCCUCCGGGUUCUCACCCCUCAUCCGCCGUCGUCCAAGCUUCCGACGCCCUCUCCAAUCCCAUCCCCAUCCGGCAUACCGACAAGUUCUUCUCUGUCCUGUUCAUGGCCUCCAUCUAUUUCCUGAUGUGCCGGUGGCGCGAGAAGAUCCGGUCCUCCACCCCGCUCCACGUCCUCAACCUCUCCGAGCUCUCCGCCAUUGUCGGCCUCGUCGCCUCCCUCAUCUACCUCAUCUCAUUCCUCGGCAUCGCCAACGUCCAAUCCUUCAUCUUCUCCCCGGACGAGGACGACAACUUCCUCCUCGCCUCCCCCUCCCCCUCCCCCGCCCCCGCCGCUGCCGCCCCUUGCCCCCUCCUCGCUGACGGCGACGACCCGGAGAAAAUGCGGGCUAUUUCUAAUGAUGACGAUGAGGAGAUCGUCCGCGCCGUGGUCGCCGGGAAGAUGCAGUCCUACGCCCUGGAAUCGAAGCUCGGAGACUGUCGGAGGGCCGCUGGUAUCCGGCGGGAGGCGCUGAGGCGGACCAGCGGGAGGGCCAUGGAGGGGCUCCCGCUUGACGGGUUCGACUACGCCUCGAUUCUGGGGCAGUGCUGCGAGAUGCCGGUGGGGUAUGUGCAGCUGCCGGUGGGGAUCGCCGGUCCCCUGGUGCUCGACGGGAGGGAGUAUUUCUUGCCCAUGGCCACCACAGAGGGGUGCCUCGUGGCGAGCACCAACCGUGGGUGCAAGGCCAUCGGGGAGUCCGGUGGGGCUUCGAGCGUCGUGCUGAGGGACGGGAUGACGAGGGCGCCGGCCGUGAGGUUUGCGACCGCCAGGAGGGCCGCCGAGCUCAAGUUCUUCUUGGAGGAUCCCAACAACUUCGAGACGCUUGCCGUGGUGUUCAAUAGGUCCAGCAGAUUUGCUAGGCUCCAAGAAAUCCAAUGCUCGCUUGCAGGGAAGAAUCUCUACAUGAGAUUUCGUUGCAGCACUGGAGAUGCAAUGGGGAUGAACAUGGUUUCGAAAGGGGUGCAAAAUGUGUUGGACUGUCUGCAAAAUGAUUUCCCAGACAUGGAUGUGAUCAGCAUCUCUGGCAAUUUCUGUUCGGACAAGAAGGCAGCUGCUGUGAAUUGGAUUGAGGGGAGAGGCAAAUCAGUUGUUUGUGAGGCAACCAUCAAGGCGGAGGUUGUGGAGAAGAUACUGAAGACCACCGUACCAGCACUUGUGGAGCUCAACAUGCUUAAGAACCUUGCUGGGUCUGCUGUGGCUGGGGCCAUGGGGGGGUUCAAUGCUCAUGCCAGCAACAUUGUGACUGCCAUCUUCAUUGCCACUGGCCAAGAUCCAGCACAAAAUGUUGAGAGCUCACACUGCAUCACCAUGAUGGAGGCUGUGAAUGAUGGGAAAGAUCUCCACAUCUCUGUGACCAUGCCAUCUAUAGAG